UUGAUGAGCAUGGUGGAUUUGUUGCAGAUGUGAAUGCGCGGAUUGUCAAAACAAGGACAGCAUUCCUACAAUAACAUAACAUCUAAGCCUCAAAACAACUUUAGAAUACCACCAAAGUCGAAUUUUCUUUCAAUAGGAAGUUAACCUGUUUGUACUUAAUCGUGAAAAAGAUAUUGUAUAUUGAAAAAGUUGAUCUGUUUGUAAAAGUUGGUACGGUAUUGGAUAUUGUAAGGUGUUCGCAACUCUGCGCUAUCAACUGGUUUCCAUUGUCAGACUCUCUUAACUUGUGAUCAUGGAAUCGAUAAAGAUGAAUAAUGGUCAUUCUAUUCCAAUUGUUGGUCUUGGGACAUGGAAUAGUCCUCCAGGGCAAGUUGGAGCGGCUGUGAAAAAAGCCCUAGAAGUUGGUUAUCGACAUGUGGAUUGUGCUCAUGUUUAUAAAAAUGAAGCAGAGAUCGGUGAAGCAUUAGAAGAUGCUUUACAUAGUCUAAAAUUAAAAAGAGAGGAUGUUUUUGUUACUUCAAAGCUAUGGAAUACUCACCAUCGACCUGAAAAUGUUAGGAAAGCCUGUGAAGUGACUUUGAAGAAUUUACGUCUGAAGUAUCUUGACUUGUACUUGAUUCACUGGCCUGUUGCAUUUCAAUAUGGUGAACCUCUUUUUCCAACUGAUUCGAAUGGAAAGUGGUGUUUAGACAAAGUACCACAUGAAGAAACUUGGAAGGAAAUGGAAAAACUCGUUGAUGAUGGUUUAGUCAAAUCGAUUGGUGUAUCCAAUUUCAAUAAACGACAAAUUGAAAAUAUUCUCAAACAUUGUCGUAUUAAACCAGCGAAUUUACAAGUGGAGAUUCAUGCUAAUUUUCCUAAUACAAAAUUAGUUGAAUAUGCUGAAUCGGUUGGUAUAACUGUGACUGCUUAUGCUCCACUUGGCUCACCGGCUGCUUCACCGGGAAAAGUUGAUCUACUUACAGAACCUAGGGUUUUAGACAUUGCUAAGCAUCAUGGUAAAACAGCAGCUCAAGUUCUGUUGCGUUAUUUAAUCCAACGAAAUUUGAUAGUAGUUCCGAAAUCUGUUACACCGAAGAGAAUCGAAGAAAACUUUCAGGUGAUGGAUUUUCAAUUGUCAAAAGAGGAAAUGCAUGAUUUACACACGAAAGGAUUAAAUGAACGUCAAUUCAAAUUAUUGAAAAUGGCCGAUCAUCCUGAAUAUCCAUUCAAAGACGAGUAUUGAAGAUAUAUAUAUAUAUAUAUAUAUAUAUAUAUAUAUAUAUUCAUCCGAAUGAACGGCGGCUAGUCAGUCUGUGGAAUAGAGAAUUUGAGUUGAUUACAUUUCUAAUCACGUUAUUAUUUGGUUUGAUAUGUUUCUGCAUAUGUGUAUGUCGUCUGUUUUUGUUCAAUAAUAAAUAAAAUCUUGUUAUUCAUUUCAA